AUAUUUCUUAUUUCAUUACAAACCUUUCAACAAUUCCCCCAAUCAGAUUUUUCCAGAGUCCACUCAAGAAAUGGCUGAACAAUCAAGUGUGAGUGAACAUACAAUUGAGAUUGGAAGACCUAAGAAGAAGUUGAUUGUGCCAAGCAGUGUCUUGGAGGGCAUGAAGCAUAUGGCAUCUUCAAUGCCAUCCUCACCUUCAGGCCAACCAAAGAGCGCAAAGUAUAACUGCUUGUGCUCACCAACCACACACGCCGGUUCUUUCAGAUGCAGAUACCACAGGAGUGCUAGCUUGACUCGAAAUAGCAUGUCCGUUGGCUCGAAACUCUCUGAACUGGCUGCUGAAAAAUGACUCAA